GCCUUGGUCUUAUUCCUUAGUGCAUUCUAAUUAGGCAAGAAGUGACAGACAUGGCCGACUCCACGCUUAUCGCGUUGCUUCACAGCGUGGGACACGCAAAUGGUCUGGCAGACGAUUCAUUUAAUAACCUCGCCCAUGUCCCAGUGUUCCAACACUUUGCGCAUGUGUUGACAAAGGAAGACCACUAUAUUAGCCCUGAGGAUGCUGAAAUGGCACAAACGCAGCAAGCCUAUGAAAACAACCAAUACAUGGCUGAAGAAGAAGUACAGCAGCUUGUGGAGCUCAGACUCAGCAACCCGGAGCAAUUCGCAAACGAACUAGCAAACGAUCCCGAGCUACGGGAGCUAAUAGAGCAGAUAGUCAAGGAAGACGACGUGACUAAGCAAGGAGACGAGCACCUUUCCCGCUCCAAAACACAGCUCUCCAUUUUACAAGAAAGCGUACAGUCCAUACGACAGCAACAACAGCAAGCGGAGCAGGGCCUCGCACGGCAGAGCCGUACAUUGGAGCAUCUCGCAGCCUCGGCUGCCAACCGCAACGCCUCAGACAACCGCACUGUGCAAUCGGUCCAGGAGUGCGCACGCAUCAUGCAGGAGCUGCUGCACAAGUCCGCGGACCGCUGGCUGCUGCUGGUGCACCCACUGGACGAGCUGCGUGACGUGGAGAAGACCAUCACCGCCGAGAUCGCAAAGGCCAAGGAGCAGCUCUGCCCCGCCGACCUCGAGCGCCGCCUCUCCGAGCAGCAGGCGGCGCAGGGCGCGCUGCCCGACACGCCCUUCGCGCCCAGCGGUACGCGCAUGCUGACGGGGCUGGAGCCGGAGCAGUACGCGAGCGUGCUGGCGGAGGCGGGGCGCAUCGGCACCAGCGGCCGUAUGAUGCGCGACCGCACGGAGCGGCUGCAGGCGGAGCUGGCGGGGCUGCAGAGACAGGCGGAGCUGCUGCAGCAGAUCGCCGCCGAGGCUGCGGGCGGCUCGCGGCUGGGCGGGCUGGGCGGCUCCCUGGCUGCGGCGGAGUGGCAGCAGCAGCAGCGGGGCGACUCGGAGGCGCAGUGCCGGCUGCGGGAGGAGGCGGG